AUGUCGCCCCCCGCUAUCAUUGCGCCUUCAAUUCUCUCAGCUGACUUUGCGAGCCUCGGUUCCGAAUGUCGCAAAAUGAUGGACUGCGGCAGCUCGUGGCUACACAUAGAUAUUAUGGAUGGUCACUUUGUACCCAAUAUCACAUUCGGAGCGCCGGUAGUAACGAAAAUACGUAGUCAUGUUGCGAGGCCCAGUGAGAAACAUGGGACUGGAACAUUCGAUUGCCAUAUGAUGAUCGCAGAGCCUAAAAAAUGGGUCAAGGAUUUCAAGAAGGCAGGAUGUGAUCUAUAUACCUUUCACUACGAGGCUGCUAUCUCUAGCACGGCGGCGGAAAGUCCUGAGGCACACAGCACUGAAAAGACGUCUCCAGCACAGUUGAUAAAGUAUAUUCAUGAAAGUGGAAUGUUAGCCGGUAUAGCUAUUAAGCCUGAUACGCCCGUUGAUGUGUUAUGGGAAAUUCUAGAGAGCACAGACUGCGACGAAGUUCCGGACAUGGUCCUUGUUAUGACAGUUUAUCCAGGAUUUGGUGGGCAGAAGUUUAUGGCUUCUGAAUUGCCCAAGGUUCAAGAGCUAAGAAAGCGGUAUCCAGAUUUGAAUAUUGAAGUUGAUGGAGGAUUGGGGCUUGGAACCAUCGAUCAAGCUGCUCAGGCUGGGGCCAAUGUCAUUGUCGCUGGAAGCGCCGUAUUUGGCUCUGAUAACCCCGGAGAAGUUAUCUCAAAGCUAAAGGAGGUAGUGGAGAGCUUUCGAUAG